AGCUUCAAAAAAAUACUUCCCAAAAAGAGAAGCAUCUAUAUUGAACAAAAGAUGGUAGGUGGAGUCAUCUAAUCAUCUAAUCAAACCACUAAUGAUACUUUAUGAAGUACUAUUAUGUUAAAUAGGUUUGAUUGUAGAGAAAAACAUUAAUCAAAUACUCCCAUUAUCACCAAACUUCUUCAUUCAUUCUACCAAACCCUUCAAGAUCAUAACUUGGCUCCCACCUAAGACCCCAACCCAAUAUUUAGAUAAAGACCAACAAUAUCUUCAAAGCUCUUACAAAACUCAUCAAUGGAGAUUGAACAAACUACCACCCAAAACCCAGAAACCAUGGAAGCUCAAACUCCUGAAAAUGAGAAUCCACCUAUAACCCUAACACCACCAACUGCUUCCAUUUCUCUUUCUAUCUCUACACUUUUUCCUACUCAUUUCUUCACACCAACCAAAAUUUCUCAUCUAUUUUCACCCAAAAAUGCUAAACUCCCACCUCAAAUUACCUCUGCAAUAUCUACUCUUUCCCUUUCUUCAUCCAAUCUUUCUCCUCCAAAACCCUUUUUCAAAAAGUCAUCUUUUUCUGCUUCUCCUCUUCAAAAUCCUCUCUUUAUCAACCCUAAAUUGCCUGCUGAACCUUCUAAUGGUGCAGCAGCAAGAAGGGCCACCAUUGUUUGGUUUAGAAAUGACCUUAGAGUCCAUGACAAUGAAUGUCUUACCACUGCAAACAAUGAAUCAAUGUCUGUUCUUCCACUUUACUGUUUUGACCCUAGAGAAUAUGGGAAAUUAUCAUCUGGGUUUGAUAAAACUGGCCCGUUUCGUGCUUCUUUUUUGAUUGAAUCAGUUUCUGAUCUUAGGAAGAAUCUUAGAGAAAGAGGGUCUGAUUUAGUUGUUAGAAUUGGUAAACCUGAGGCAGUUCUUGUUGAGAUGGUUAAAGCAAUUGGUGCUGAUGCAGUGUAUGUUCAUAGGGAGGUUUCGAAGGAGGAGGCGAAAUCAGAGGGGAGGAUAGAAGCUGCAAUGAAGGAUGAAGGGGUUGAAGUGAAGUAUUUUUGGGGAAGUACAUUGUAUCAUUUAGAGGAUUUACCAUUUAAAUUAGAGGAAAUGCCUAUAAAUUAUGGUGGGUUUAGGGAAAAGGUACAAGGGUUGAAAGUUAGGGAGACUAUAGCUGCUUUGGAUCAGUUGAAAGGAUUACCUUCACAAGGGGAUGUGGAGCCUGGAGAGAUUCCUUCUCUUGUGGAAUUGGGUCUAAAUCCAAAUGCUACUUUGUCUCAGGAUGCAAAACCAGCUGCCAAUGCUUCCCUGGUGGGAGGAGAGACUGAAGCAAUGCAAAGGCUCCAAAAAUUUGCAGCCGAAUGCAACGCGCAGCCACCCAAGUCUAAGGACGGUACUAACAGCAUAUAUGGUGCCAACUUCUCAUGCAAAAUUUCUCCAUGGCUAGCUAUGGGAUGCCUUUCUCCCCGAUUUAUGUUUGACGAGCUGAAGAAAACAGCUUCGAGAACAAUUUCUGCCAAAAAUCCGAAAAAUGGUGAUGAUGGAAUGAACUGGCUGAUGUUUGAGCUGUUAUGGAGGGAUUUCUUCAGAUUUAUCACUGCAAAAUAUAGUUCGACAAAAAAACUCGUCGAUGCUACCCCAGCUACUGCUUGCACAAGUGCUCUCGCUUAAGCAAGAGCUACUUUUGAUCGUAAAAGCUUACAAAAAUUUUUGGUUGCUUAAUCAACAAAGAGCUCUUUUCGAGCAAAAGGCGGUGAUUGUGGCGUUGUGGGAACAUCCAUUCUUGGCAGCUUGUUUGUAUUCUUUUUUACUGAAGAUUUAUGCAUGUUUUCUCAUGGGCAUGUCCCUUGUUGUCCAUCUUUCAUAACUGGGUUCCUAAUAAAAUUGAGCUUUAUACUAA